GCAUAAGAGUAAAAAUUACAAAUUAGCAAAUGAGACGGUGUUGGCGGGUUUGUUAACAACGGGAAAAUAACAUCACUAACAAAAUUAUCACUAAAAUUGGGGCACUUAACCAGUUCGUCACGGAAAGCUGAAAUGUCACUGUAUGCACCUUAUAAUCCGGUCGCUGCCGUCACACCAAAUGAAUGUGUCUCAACAGUUGAGCUGAGGAUCCGAUGUCAGAACCUCCUCAACAAAGAUAUUAUCUCCUUGUCAGACCCUCUUGCUGUUGUCUACCACUUCCAAGGUGGAAGAUGGAUGGAGUUGGGUAGGACAGAGAUGGUGAAAAACUCUCUUCACCCAGUAUUUGGAAAAUCAAUCGAAACGAAAUAUUAUUUCGAGGAAGUUCAAAAGAUAAAGGUUUCUGUCUAUGACAUUGAUAAUCUGACUCACACAUUGACAGACGAUGACUUUUUGGGAGAGAUGGAAUGUACCCUGGGACAGAUUGUAUCUUGUAGUCCAUUUACAAAACAUCUCUUAAUAAAUGGUUCCCCAACUUCAACUAAAAGCACUAUAACUAUAACUGCUGAUGAAGUUUCAAAUGCCAAGGAAUUGGUAGAAUUCUUAUUUGCUGCUGAAGAUCUUGAUAAAAAGGAUUUCUUUGGAAAAUCUGAUCCAUUUCUUGAAAUAUUCCGAACUCACAGGGACAAUUGGGAACUUAUUCACAGAACUGAGGUAAUUAAGAACAAUCUAAACCCAAGAUGGCAGGCUUUUGAAAAACCUAUGCACACUUUAUGUCAAGGAGACCAUAGUAAAAAACUUAAGAUUGACUGCUAUGACUGGAAUAAUGAUGGCACCAAGGACUUUAUUGGCUCCACAUGUACUACCAUAGAAACCAUGAUGGGUGCAACAACGAAAGCGAUUGUCUGGCCUUUAGUAAAUGAAAAGAAAGCCAAAAAGAAGAAAGGUUACAAAGAUUCUGGAAGACUUGUUCUCAGAUCAAUGAAGGUUACAGAACUUCAUACAUUUCUUGAAUACGUCUUUGGCGGCAUGCAGAUCAACUUCACAGUUGCCAUAGACUUUACAGGUUCCAAUGGAGACCCCAGGCAGCCGUCCUCUUUGCAUUACAUAGAUCCCUAUCGACCAAACCAUUAUAUGCAGGCUAUUCGAGCUGUGGGCAACAUUUGUCAGGACUAUGACUCUGACAAAUUAUUUCCUGCUUUUGGAUUUGGAGCGAGGAUUCCACCUGUGAUGCAGGUCUCUCACGAAUUUCCUUUGAAUUUUAAUAUGCAAAAUCCUCACUGUGCAGGCAUUGACGGUGUUCUGACUGCAUAUCAAUCAUGUCUUCAUCAAGUUCAACUUUACGGACCAACCAAUGCCGCCCCUAUUAUUUAUCAAACAGCCCGCUUCGCACAUGCUGCACAACAGGCAGAAUCAAGCCAAGGAGCCGCCUCCUAUUUCAUUCUUCUGAUGCUGACCGACGGAGUUUUGUCGGACUUGAAUGAUACCAAAUCAGCCAUCGUGUACGCGUCCACCUUGCCAAUGUCUUUGAUCAUUGUCGGGGUUGGUAAUGCCGAUUUUACUGACAUGGAAAUCCUUGAUUCUGAUAACUGUUUGCUGCAGGCUGCAAAUGGAAAUGUUGCAAAGAGAGAUAUUGUCCAAUUUGUGCCUUUCCGGGAAUUUUAUCAGAGAUCCAGCUAUGAAUCUGGUGGUACAGAUGCAAGUAGUAUUGAACUUGCACGUCAUGUUUUGGCUGAAGUACCACGUCAAGUUGAAAGUUACUACAAAAUGAGGCGCCUUCCACCAAAGACUCCACCACAGCGUCCAGCAUCCUUGGAUCAAACGGUUACUCCGUCACAACCACCACCUUCUGCGCCACCCCGACCACCAGCCCCCGCUAAGUCCCCAGAUUAUUCCAAAGCUCCUGCAUCAGGCUCUGCUCCAGGUCAACCAUACCCUAACAUGGGUCCCAACACGGCUCCGCCCCAGCACUACCCAGGCACGGCUCCACAAGCCCCACCCUCACAGCAUCCAGGCAUGGCUCCACAAGCCCCGCCCUCACAGCAUCCAGGCAUGGCUCCACAAGCCCCGCCCUCACAGCAUCCAGGCAUGGCUCCACAAGCCCCAUCCCCACAGUACCCAGGCUCAGCUCCACAAGCUCCACCCUCACAGUACCCAGGCAUGGCUUCACAAGGCCCGCCCCCACAGUAUCCAGGCAUGCCACACCAAGCAAAAUCCCCUCAGUACCCACAUGUGACUCCCCAAGCCCCUCCUCCACAGUACACUCACAUGCCUCCCCAUGCGCAACAUCCCCAGUACCCUGGUAUGUAUGCACCUCAAGCACAACCCCCUUAUCCGGGGAUGCCUCCCAAUGUGCCCCCAGCACAGUAUCCUGGUGUGCCCCCUUAUCCAGCAGUUAGGAAAUCAUGAACCACAUCAAAACAGUCAUUUUAGGAAUCUAAAGUGAAUUCCUGUUUGGCUGUUAAAGGGUUUUUUUCUGUAGGUUUUGUCUAUUCUUCAUCCAAUAUUACAGAGAAUAUUCCUGUUUUGGAAGGAAACUUUCUCCCUAUCACCCUCCUUCUGUCUUUUUUUCCCUCUCCCUCUUCCCUCUCUCACUUCCUCUCUCAGGAUUUCUUUCCCUUUUUUAUAAAUAAAAUCAUGUUACAUCUGCUCAACUUCUGAAUAACUCCACUUUGCAUUUAAUUCUUCUGUGGUUGAUAGAUAUACUGGUACCAGUGUAAAUUCAUUUGACUUUGAACUUCUCCAGAAUUCUUUAAUUAUAAACAUGUAAAAAAAAAAAAGGAAAAAAAAAAAAAAACUAAUGAAGCAACACAAAACAA